CUAUUCCGGCUGUGAUGUUCUUAGUAAGAUACCUAUGAUAGGAAAAAUGGAAAAGUCAACUGGAGUUGAUAUUUGUGUUAGAGGAAUGGGCUUUUCACUGACAAAACAAUUGGCAGUGACGUCUCGUUCUUUCAAAACUCCUACUGCAGUCAGUGUUUGGAACGGAGAUCAGCAGUUUGAUUACAGGUUGCCCCCUUCUGCACAUGUAUGGUUGGCCGGUGAAGCACACAAGGCAAUAUCGGCGAAACCGUUUUCCGUGGACAUCUCAGCAGAUGCACAACUUUUCGUGACCGUCCCGAAUCCUCAUAAGAUACUCACUCAUGUAUUUUUGGAGAAAUGGACCGUUUUGGCCGAGGCGAUAGGUGGUGUUAAUGUUGCUGUUUCGUUUGAGCUAUUUGCUAAGAAUUAUACCAUAUCGUUGCCCAAAGCAGCGCUGGUGGGAACAUUUGCUCUGCUGGAUAUUGGUGGUUUGGAGUUAAGGAAGUGGUGCGCUCCAAAUGCCAAUCCACCCGGUAUGUUUGCCUCGUUCUACCUUACCGUUAACCCAUUCAGAGAUGUACCCAUACUUCAAAACUGGGUGUUCAAUUUCGACGUUAUUGCUUAUGGAUUUCUCACAUAUGAAGUUUCUGAUGAUUUGGAGAAACUUCCAACGUACAGUAUUUGGAAUGAUUUGCUAGAAGUUCAAAUUAUCGUGGAACAUCUAGAGGGCCUAAUUGCAGAAAAUAUUUUGAGAUUCAAGGAGAUGUUAACGUCCACCGCUGUUGAUCUAUUCAGCACAUUUAAGAUUGGGGUUUCUGAAACCAUCGACGUGAUUAAAAAAGCAAUUAGUGAUAUCAAAGCUGGCAAGUUUCCAUCAAUUCCAGAUUUGAUCAAACCAGUAAUGACUGCAAUCGAUAACAUAAAAGGCAAAUGGAACACAUUUAAAGAUGAAAUUGAAUUCAAUAUUGAUGUCUUAAAAUCAAAUGUUACAACUUUCAUCAAUAAUGAAGUAGAGAAAAUUAAGAACAACACGAAGGUAUUGAUUGAGAAAAUAACAGGUGAAAUCAUGGAUGUGACAGAAAACUAUUCAGGAUAUGGCUUGAAAGCAUCUGUGGAUAUCAACAUAUUUGGUCUUCAUUUUCCCUCUCUCGACGUAGAAUUUGUCUACAGUGUUGGGUCGCUAGGGCAAUGCAGUAGGUUUAAUUAUAUGUAUAACAUACUUAAAGGAAAGAAUGCCUUGCGAGCGAUGGGUAUGUUUACUGCUUACAAGAAAUUUGGAUAUAUCUUGGAGGUAUCGAAGGGCUUUGGAUUGGAAAUUGCAUUUAGCGAGGAAGCCAUAGAAAAGACAAUUGUACAUUUCACUGCUAGAUCUAAUUUCCUUGGUCUAAAAAAACGUGUCGACGUGUUCAUAUCUCUGUACAAACUUGGAUUUGGCUUUGAAGCAAAUGUAUUUAACAUAUUCCGUGCGAGAAUGGAUGUCGAGUCUACAGUUCCGGGUUUCACGCCUUUUAAAGAUCUACUAUAUAGAGUGGCAGUUCAGUUUCUCCCUGGCGGAGAUGACUCCUUUGAAGGGAGCUUUGGUGAUGCACUGAGGCGGGUUAUUCAGAACAUUGCUAACGAAGCAGAGGACAGAUUAACGGUUGCACAAGAUGGACUGGCGGCAGCAAGAGGCGAUCUUACGAGAGCACAACAAUGGCUCGAAGAUAAAAAGAGUGACGUUGACAAGGCAAAUGUUGUAUUCGAUAGAGGCGUUCAAGCGCUACAAAGGGCAAAGGAUGCUGUGGAAGAAGCAAAGGGUCCUCUAAAAACAGCGUUAAAUAAACUAAGUGCAGCCCAAAAAAAUAUUGACAACCUUUGUAAGAUUACAGAUUGUAAGCCAUGGUGUAUCCCAGGGAUCAAAUGCAGGUUCUGCACAAAGAAAGUUUUGUUCGUUAGAAUACCGUGGCUAUGUUGCUCCUGGACAAGCUGCAUGAUAAAAUUUCCUAAUCUCCUUUGUUUGGCUAAAAAUGCUGCGUGCUGGGUAAUAAGAAAACUUGCUUAUGUGGCCUUGGAGAUAGCCAAAAUUGGUGUUCGAGCCCUUAUGCUCCCAUUUGACAUUGCAAAGGCGGCACUUAGUGUAGCACAACUCGUUGUAGAUAAGGCUAGAAUAGUAUUAGAUGUCGCAAAGGGAAUUCUCACGCUAGCUCAAGUUGGAUUGGAAGCAGCUAAAGGAAUUCUUAAAGGGACUGAGCUUGCUAUCGAGGCAGUUAAAAUAGCGGUAAAAUUGGGUUUAAAACUCGUGGACUUGAUAAUUCAUCAUGGUCUGCAAAGUUUGAUUGAUAUAAAAAAAUGUGGUUUUUCUGCUGAAAUCUCAACAAAGGACAUAUUCGUGAUUGAUGUAUUCUGUGAAAUUAAUGUGCUUCGACUCGGAUGGCGAAACAUUAGUGUAACUAUCAAUUUUCGAAAUAUAUUAGAAUCACUCUGGAAUGCGGCAAAAUCUGUCAUCGAACACCUAACAAAUAUGAUUUUAUUUGGACGUAGGAAGCGGGAAAUAGAAUACCGGCAGUCACAUAUUAUCCAUAAACUGUAUCGUAGCCUUCGGGAAGUUGAUGAUUUAGAUGGACUCAUAACUGAUGGUGUAGAUAGUGAUAUCCUAUCAGAUGUCUUGAACAGUACAAUCGAUGUGACAGAAAAAUACGAAAUGCAAAAUGAAACCGCAGAUGAGGAUGAAACAACAAUAAGAAUAGAAGCUUUUAAACGAAAGUGUGAGCAAUAUAAAAAGAUUGAAGAAUUUCUUACAGGAGCUGCCCAAUCCCUUUUUGAAAUCACAAAUGAGACAAUAACAGGGAUCAAUGCUUCAAGAAUUGAUCUAAACAAUGAUGAGCUGAACACUUCGAACGUGGGGUCGAUUGGGAUAAAUGUAAAUGAUGGACUGACUAUUGAUGAUUUGGGAAAGCUUGGAAUCAAUGUUACAGACGCCUUUGUAAACUAUGGAAUAACACCAGAACAAUUGAUUUUGACAAUAAAGGGCGCUAAUAUUGAACAAGACGAAUCUGUAAACGAACUAGAAAAGACCAUGAACCAGACGAAGUUAGAAAAUGAAAAACAGUUACAGAACGCUGAGACCUUUCCCCUUAUGUACGUCUGGCGAAAUGCGAUGGAAAAUGCAACUGUUUUCUAUUGGGACGAGGAUCGAUGCAAUGGAUUCAAAGACUGUAUGCUUAUAAGUUUCUUAGAACUUUUCGAUCUUUACAAUAAUACAGACGCCCCAGGUGCAGACGAUAUGAAAUACAUGACCCUCAAACUGUCUGAAUUAUUUUCGGAUCUCAUUGAUAGCAAAAACAUCUCUAAUAAUGAAGCAAUGGAAUUGACAGAUGCAAUUUUGAAAGUUCUUCAACAUGCAACGGAGAAGAAAGUGUUUUGUGCCAAAGCUCCAGAAAUAAAAAUACCAACUGAGCUUAAUGUGAAACUUGGGGAAAAGUUCGCCAUUGUCUGUAAGACAACUGGGGAUUUAAUAAAAGACAUACAUUGGGAACGGGAAGGUGAACUUUUCAAUGCGUCGAGUAAUGAAACGAUUGAUACAACCGCGAGCUUAGAUUCUGAAGGAAGGUAUACAUGCGUGGCAUCCAAUCACAUCGCUACUGUCAGAGCAACAAUGUAUAUCAGCUUGAUAGAGCCACCUGUAAUUGUUGAACAUCCCGAAUCAACGAUAGCUACAGUUGGUAACCCCGAUGGUGUAACAUUUAAGUGUGUUGUCAAAGGUAUUCCAACACCGAAUAUCACUUGGAAACGCAUAUUAAACGACGGAGAGAAUGAAGUAUUGAAUGUGACAAAUGCACAAUUGACAGUGUUUAAUCCUAAAAGAUCUGACGAGGGCAAGUAUCUAUGCGAAGCAAAUAAUCAACACGGCAGUGCUUUGUCUGACCAUGCAAGGUUACGAGUAUUGGAAGCUCGGGUUGCGUUCCCUGGUGUGUAUCUGAGACUUGGCUACAUCAAAGUUGUGAAAGAAAAUAACAUCACUAAAACGGAGUACAAUCUUCCAUUGUUGCACCAUAACGAAACGGAGCCAGAUUUAAAGCUCGCAAUAAAAAAGAUUUUACGAGACACGGAUGAACCUUCUUUGCUGGUCAUGCAUAGUUUAACUAGCGAUGGAAACACUGAUGGCGGGGCGAUCACCCUUCAGCUGCGUAUUGGGGAAUAUAAAAGUAUGACUAAUGAAGCCUACCUAGAAAUGCAAACUUUAUUUGAGAACUGGUCAAAUUUGUUGGACAGGAUAUUGCAAAGAUUUGAAGACUCAUGCGAGAACGAGCAGAUCCUUACAAAACAGACUGAUGCACAAUUGCAGUAUGCUUUUGAUCGAUCGCAAUUUGCAAUUAGUCGAAAGACAGAGUGUCCACGUGGACACGAAUUAUAUCCGGAAGAGAAAUGGCGUAUGAUAUGCGUUCCAUGUUUAGAAGAUACAUCAUUUACACUGGAGGGGGAGCAAAAGAGACUUUGUGUCCAAAAAUUGAAAAACAUGACAUCUGACUGUCUCACCGGUGAUAUGUGUAAGGAUAAUGACCCCGAAAGAUGCCUGUUCGACGAUUGUGAAGUGGAAGAAAUCAACAUUAGUGAUAACGUGAAUGGUGGAUUGAAACCAGAGAUAAUUGGAUUAAUCACUGGUGGAAUUUUACUUCUUGUGGGUAUUACAAUCGUCUGUAUUAUAUUAUUAUGCAGAGGAAUGAGACGAGCCGCUACUAAAUCCAAAUAUGAAAACCCACGAGACACUACUGAUACACAACAUGAUAUCGCUGAACUCAAGCCUAUGGAAUGUAUUCUGUAUAAAAGUUCGACUAUGCCUGAUACGAGUCAAGAUUAAAUGUGGAUAUCUACUUAUAAAAUCUUCCGAAUGUCAUUAAAAGGCGUGGUCGGAGAACAAAUGAUAGAUCUGGGAACAUAUAUACACUGUAGAGUGUAGAGUGUGUGUAUAUCUUAUUUAUAAAACGCAUUUGUAGAAUAUUCAUGUAGUAGUUAUCAUUCAAAACGUUUAAUCAAUCAAAACAAGUAAUUUGAUAAUAUAACAUGAAAUAUAUGAAGUGUUUUCAACAUAACCAGCACUUCUAUAAAGGCAAACGCUUAGAUUGCUUUAUGGUUUUUGACGUUGGAGUAAAAAUCUCAUUUUGUAGAGUAAUGUCAAUAUACAAGGGGCGUACAGUAAGAUGGCACACGGUCUAACUUUCCCAUUCAAUGUUUAAACUUAAUAUUUUCGCAAAAUGUUUAUUCGUUUGAAUGGUACAUGCAAUUUCGUUGAAACAUCUUUUAUUUUCGCAUUAACAUGCCUAGAAUGAUGUUUAUGGGAAAGAUUGUGCACUUAAUUCAAUCGUGCCCAAUUAUUCUAUGAUAAUGGACUUUGUGGGAGUGGAGUGUGCCAAAAUCACAACGAUACAAGGUCCCGAUCAUCGAUGUCUAGUCACAAAAGUACUCAAAUCUCAAAAUAAUGUUUUGACCUGAGCAAAUGAGUCAUUUUUCUUGUUUAUAAUAUUAUAUCAUAUUUGUUGGUCAUGGUUCUUGUCCCUGUGAAAACUCAGUUGCACUCCUAUACCUUAGUUCUCCUACUUUUGCCAGUGCUAACCCUAUAUAAUAUGCAUCAAUCUAAA